AUGUUCGAAUUCGCUGUGAACUUGCAUAUUUAUAAAGCUGUAUUUUUUCUGGGUUCUUCAUUUGGUCUUAGAAUCAACGAUAUAUCACCAGGUCUGGUCGAAGGUCCGGCUCCCAUCGGAGUCACCAUUGCCAAUCUCGAUAACCGCAGCAGAAGGUUUAUAGAGGAAUCUGGUUUAGCUAGUCUCGGACAUCUCAGGGCAAUCGCGAACAUGACAUCACUAAAUACUCCAUUUUUAAUGCCACAGUUAGAUUUAAGAGCACAAUUGGCUGUCGGAAUCGCUCUCUACGAGGCAGCAUCAUAUGGUGUCAUCCGAUCACUACUCAACGAUAGAGAGAACUUAACAGUGCCUCCUUAUACAUUCACGGUGGGGAAUUUUACCAACCUUACUGCAUAA